AUGGAUUUCCACUUUGCUUUCUUGCUGCUGCAGGUGAACCUGAUCAACCAAGGAGCUCUUGAUGCUCCCUUCAGCUGCAUCCCUUCAGCCACAAAGGUGGGCUUGGGCUUCAAGUUGGCACCCCAGGAGGGCAUCAUUGCAGCACGUGGGAGCCAGACUCUCCAGAUCUCCUUCAGUGCCACCAUGUUGGGGAGGUUUGAGGAAGAAUUCCGGUUCAGUGUGGCUGGAUCUCCUACGCCUGCCAUCCUGACCAUCAGGGGCAGCGUCACUGGACCGAGUUUGCACUUCGACCUCCCUGAGCUCGACUUCGGGGACAUCUCCUUUGGCUUUCCCUACACCCAGCGCUGCCGGCUCACUAACAGCUCCCCGGUGCCCGUGACGUUCCAGCUCCGCAUAUCGUUCGAUGGCACGCAGCCGGCUGUGGACAGCGUGGAUCAGAUCCGCUGCCACAGUGACCCAGCCUGGAGGAAGGGCGUUCACUUGUAUGUGGAGCCCCGGGAGUUUACCAUCACUCCCAGCCAAGGGACCAUCCUGCCCCAGGGACACCAGGACAUCCAGGUGACCCUGUGUUCCAACUCGGUGAUGGAGUUCUACAGGAAAAUGCUGGUUGAUCUGGAGGGUUUUGGCAAGGGAGUGGCAUCAUUGGUCAUCACAGCCAGAUGUCUUGUUCCUAAGCUGCAAGUGUCCCCCCACGUGCUGCAGUAUGAUGAGUGCCUCCUGAAGGUGCCCUACGAGAAGAAGUUCAUCAUUAGGAAUCCCAGCCACCUGCCUGGCUGCUACGGGCUUAUUGAACAGGUUUGGCAUCCCAUCCACCUCCCCCUCUCAAAUAUUAUUGAGGAGCUUAUUCGGGGGAAAAAGGGUUUGGACGUGACCUUGCUGGUUUCUAUUCAGUCUUAA